AUGUCUUUGUGCUGUCGCUUUUUGGAAGAUGCCAAGCGAGAUUUGAGAAAGGCAGAUAGAGAAAUAAGGAGACAGAUAAGGCUGAUGGACAUGCAUCCACAUUACCUAUGCGAUAUACACCUGCAUCCACACUGCCUGUGUGAUAUACACCUGCAUCCACACUGUGGGUGUGAAGUACACCCAUAUCCACAUUGCCAGCCACCAUCAUGCCUCACGGUUUGGGAGAAGAAAGCCAUUAAAGCAAAACUGGAGGCAGAGCGAGAACUGGACAGCAUUCGAAGAAGAGUUAAUAGGAUGUUGAACUCAUGCCAUGACCAUAAGUUUUUAGCUCUGAUGGAUGUUAAGGGGUUUGACCCAGAGGAAGUUACAGUGAAGGUGAAAGAUGGGAAGGUUAAAGUGUCAGCUGAACAUGAGGAGGAGCAUAGGACCCUAAGAGGGAAGGAAUACAACUACACAAACCUUACCAAGGAGAUCAGCUUGCCUCCAGGGGUACAUGAAGAGGAGGUGAUGUACACUGUAGGUCCUAGCAGUUUGGUGAAGAUUGAAACUCCACACAAGUGUUUUCCUUGCCUCCUGAGUCUAAUGUGAAGACAGUGGACUCUAAGCAGCAGUAGUACUGUACAUGUACAUAGUACAAACAACUCCUCCGGUGUUUUUUAACUCUACCUUUUAAGCACAAGUUGGCAACUGUUCUGAGCAGUUUAGAAACAAAAUAGUGCUGCAAAACUACUUUGAGUGCAAGUCUUUUGGUUUCAUUUUGAAGGGUUUCUUGUGACUGUCAGCAGUCAAAAGAAAUAGGGACAUUAUCCAAUAUGAAGAUAAAUUGUUUAGAAACACUAAACUAUGGUAACUUGUUAAGUAAUAAAGACCCAUAUAGGUAUAGCAUAAUUCCAGAAGCUGACAUUGCCACUGCUCAUUGUUUCAGAGAUUAAGCCUAGAAGGGACCAUUAUCAUAUAGUCUGACCUUUUGCAUAACAGGCCAUAGAAUUUCCCCCAAUAAUUCCUCCAUCAAGUCCAUAAUUUGUUUGAGUUAUAGCAUCUUUUUCUAAAAGAUGCAGUCUUGAUUUAAAGGCAUCAAGUGAUGGGAAAUCUACCA